AUGGCGCAGAUCACCACCACCACCACAUCGGAAAACACCAUCCAGACCCUCGAGCGCAUCGGCGCCCACUCCCACGUAAAGGGUCUCGGCCUCGAUGACCAGCUCGAGCCCCGCCCCAACUCGCAGGGCAUGGUCGGACAGCGCGCCGCCCGCAAGGCCGCCGGCGUCAUUGUCAAGAUGGUCCAGCAGGGCCGCAUCGCCGGCCGCGCCAUCCUCAUGGCCGGCCCCCCCAGCACCGGAAAGACGGCCAUCGCCAUGGGCAUGGCCCAGACCCUCGGCGCAGACGUCCCCUUUACCAUGCUCUCGGCAUCCGAGGUCUUUUCCCUCGAGAUGAGCAAGACCGAGGCGCUCAUGCAGGCCUUCCGCCGCUCCAUCGGCGUGCGCAUCCGCGAAGAGGCAGAGGUCGUCGAGGGCGAGGUCGUCGAGAUCCAGAUCGACCGCAGCCUCACCGGCGCCACAAAGACGGGCAAGCUCACCGUCAAGACGACCGACAUGGAAACCAUCUACGAGCUCGGAAACAAGAUGAUCGACUCGCUCCAGAAGGAGAAGAUCACCGCCGGAGACGUCAUCGCCAUCGACAAGGCCAGCGGGCGCAUCACCAAGCUCGGCCGCAGCUUCACCCGCGCCCGCGACUACGACGCCAUGGGCAGCGACACCAAGUUCGUCCAGUGCCCCGAGGGCGAGCUGCAGAGGCGCAAGGAGCUCGUGCACACCGUGUCGCUCCACGAGAUCGACGUCAUCAACUCGCGCACCCAGGGCUUCCUCGCCCUGUUUGCCGGCGACACGGGCGAGAUCAAGCCCGAGCUGCGCGACCAGAUCAACGCAAAGGUGGGCGAGUGGAGGGAAGAGGGCAAGGCCGAGAUUGUCCCCGGCGUCCUGUUCAUCGACGAGGUCCACAUGCUCGACAUCGAGUGUUUCUCGUUCCUCAACCGCGCCCUCGAGUCUGAGCUGGCGCCGCUCGUCAUCAUGGCGUCGAACCGGGGUAUCUGCCGGAUCCGCGGCACGCGCUUCCGCUCGCCGCACGGCAUGCCCAUCGACCUGCUGGACCGCGUCCUCAUCGUCAGCACGCAGCCCUACGCGCUCGACGACAUCAAGCAGAUCCUUUCGAUCCGCGCCGCCGAGGAAGAGGUGCAGCUCAAGCCCGAGGCGCUCGAGGUGCUGACGCGCAUGGGCGCCGAGACGUCGCUGCGCUACGCCAUCAACCUCAUCAGCACCGCCAACCUCGCCGCGCGCCGCAGAAAGGCCGACGCCGUCGAAGUCGCCGACGUCCGCCGCGUCUACAACCUCUUUGUCGACGAGAAGCGCAGCGUCCAGUACCUCCGCGAGCACGCCGAGCAGUUUAUGAACGAAUCCGACGACUACGACGACGCCGCCGCCCUCCACGACGGCCUCGCCCCCAAUGCGCCCGUCAUCGGCGCCGGCACCCCCGCCGCGGCGACGGCGGCGUAG